CACACAACAACCUAAUUAAUUCCACAGAUUUUAUACCAAAUUAAUUAGUAUACUUUAACCAGCAAGACGACAUGACCUUACGAUAAAAAUGAAUUCAGCCGAUAGCAUUUAAAAAUAAAACAGUAUUUUUAAUCUCCCCUCUUCAAAGAGAUUGAAUACAAGUGUAUGUUCAAUGUUUAAAAGUGGUAAAACAUUUUUGACAAUUUGACCGUAUUAAUAAUUUUGGCUUUUCUAAUUGUGCGAGGAUUUCUGGUAUUUAGUGUUUUUGUCCUUUGUGUUCAUUUGACGUGCCAUAAGUGUCAGAGGUGGUGAAGAAGAGACUAUGUCGACCUAUUUAUAUUACUUAUCCGCUGUAACUCUGGCAGUUCUGAUGAUCGUGUAUCUCUUUGUUGGUGAUCAACAGUGCGAUUCCUAUAAUAAACCCUGCAGUGUCAAUUCUACCCCAACUAGAAACCAGCGAUCAGGAUCCAGGACUGUCUCAACGUUGCAGUUUGUCGCUGUUUUUAGCCGACACGGAAGUAGAGCUCCCAUCCUCUCGUAUCCCAAGAGUGAUUAUCAAAUGAACGACACAAAGAUUUGGCCACACGGAGCAGGUCAACUCACCACGGGAGGUCGAAUCCGAAUGUACCAGCUGGGUGAAAAGCUUCGCUCACUGUACAACGGGUUCCUGGAUGACCUGUACCACCCAGGGGAUAUCGUGGUCUACAGCACUCGCUUGGAACGAUGCUUCACCAGCGCUCAGCUGAUUCUGGCCGGCCUCUACCCACCACGAGAUUUUCAAGUGUGGAACUGCAACAUACCCUGGCAGCCUAUCCGUAUCUUGUACUCUGACAAGGACCACGUUUUGAUAAUACUUUCUAUUUUGCCAAAAUAUCCAAACAUGUGUCCCAAAUUUCGCACCGAACAAGAGAAGUCUUUGGCCAGACUGGAACGAGAUUUCGGCUCUAAUUUGACACGAAUGUUGGAAUACUCGCUGCCUUACAUGUCUCUGGACGCGGGCAGUCAUGCGCUGAACACCUCAAUCGGUUCAAUGUGGAUGGACACUUACACUCUGUGGGAGUCGAUAGUCAACCCGGAGAAGGAGGGUCUCAAACUACCAGCCUGGACCUCAGAGAUAUAUCCUCAGCCCAUCACCUCCCUUAUCGCAGAGGUGUUCAAGGCUACUAUCGCCGGCUCUGACAUCAUGCUCAGACUGGUGUCAGGACAGUUAUUUCAGGAAGUGGUCGGUUUGAUGGAAGCCAGGCUAAGAAAUGAGACUAGUUUAGCGAGUCAUUUCUACCUCCAUACCGGCCAUGACAUCACAAUAGUGGCAGUUCAGCGUAUCCUGGGUCUGACAGACUCUUGCCACUGGGUGGUGGAGCCUAGCUCCGCCUUGAUCCUAGAACUUCAUACGGACCCAGCCACAAAUGGAUCCCACAUUAAGGUCCUAUACAUAGACGGUGUGUCGGAGGACUUGGAACCUGUUGAGCUUGCCAUCCCUGGUUGUGACUAUCCUUGCAGCAUUUACCAAUUAAUGAACAUGACGGAGAAGUAUUAUAAUGUAACAGACUGGCAUAAAGAAUGUGAAAUUUAGUGUUUUUUUAAAUAUAUAUUAUGAGUUUAACAAAUCAAAAUAAUUAUUUUAUUAAUUUACCUUUUUAAAUGUAUAAUGUAUCUGGCUAUAAUAGUUCAGCAUUUUCAACCAACUUAAGUUAUAACAUAAGAAAAUUUUAUCCGUACUGUUUUCUGCCUUUUUUAUGUUUUUAAAAAAUAAAUGUAUUUCUGAUA